AACCCCGUAAAAUCAUUCAAACCAGUGUCAUUCGGCGAAUAACGCGGAUCGAGUAUCGUGGGAUCGAUUUCCGGCGGGUUUCUAGAAGCGUAGAAUGGCGUUGAGAUCGAUUUGCCGGCUGUCAAUUGAUUCGACCUUCAGGCAGUCGAGCCAUUUCGGAGCCACCGCCCGCCCGAGACGACCGUCCUUCGACACGCUCUUACGAAGUUUCGCCGCAGCAGCUAAAAACAUGGCACUGCCACGCGUUUUCUUCGAUAUGACCGCGGACGAGAAGCCCGUGGGUCGCAUCGUCAUGGAGUUGAGGAAGGAUGUUGUCCCUAAGACGGCGGAGAAUUUCCGCGCCCUCUGUACCGGUGAGAAGGGUUUCGGAUACAAGGGCAGCAGCUUCCACAGGGUGAUCCCGAACUUCAUGUGCCAGGGUGGUGACUUCACCAACCACAACGGUACUGGUGGCAAAUCCAUCUAUGGUGCUAGGUUCGAGGACGAGAACUUCAAGCUCACCCAUACCGAACCUGGUAUACUCUCUAUGGCGAACGCUGGUCCCAACACCAACGGCAGCCAGUUCUUUAUCACCAGUGCCAAGACCAGUUGGCUUGACGGAAAGCACGUUGUGUUUGGAAAAGUCGUCGAGGGAAUGGACGUUGUUAGAAAGUUGGAAGCCAUGGGUUCCCAGAGCGGCAAGACCUCCAAAAAGAUCAUAGUAGCGGAUUCUGGAGAGUUUUAGAUCGACUAGAUACUGUAAUGACUGCAUUUUUAUUUAGCUGUUGCAUACAUAUUUGCUGUCUUGAUUACCCUACUUCGUCUAUUUCUCGACCACGAUUUUCUCAUUGAUGCCAAUACGUUCGUUAAUUUGAGCAUUCGGAGAUUUUGUUUAGUUAUAGGAAAAGAAAUUGCCUGCAUCGUAACGUGUUUCUUUUCUCUUUCGGUGUAACACAAACUUACUUCCGUUUCCACCGAGUAAAGAAAAAUCGGAGAUAAUCUUGCAAUGAAAGAUUUCUGUAAUAUUACUUAUAUACUCUUUCUCUUCGUUAUACUCCUAACACCGUUCGUGUGUGGUUUUACAAAAGAUCUGUGUUACGAGAUAAUUUUUAAUAAAUAUCCGUACUCUUCCACGAACAUACUCGUUUAGUAUCGCUGUUAGCGAAAAAGGGCACAUGCAACGAGCUCAAAUUUUCCCGUAUCAUCCUGUACUUCAAUAACCGUUAAGAGAGAAUACGAAUAUCUUAUAUGAUAGGAUAGGUAUUCUAAAAGUUUCAAAUCAGAUCGAUGUAUUGAAUUCCAGUAUGUUAACGGAUGCAUUUCUCUUUAGUGUUAUUCUUCGACUUUACUUACAAAUGGUACACAUAUACGUACGACACGUACAAUUAGAAUUCUCAUUGUAUGUUUUUAUAAAUGUACACCGUUCGUCUACCGACUAAUAAAACGGUAGUGUUUGCUUAUCGUAAUGCAGGCAACGCCUGGGAAAACAAUACCUUCUUACUGUAAUACAACACCAACAAGUUGAAAAAUGUAGCUGCAACAGUCUGAAUAGUUCCGAUUUCUUAAAAAUAAAAUUGUUUUCAGAAA